CUGCUCGGAAAAACCGUCUGAGUGCGGGGAAAUUAAUAGAUAUUACAGGACAUGCAUGGCGCUUCCGGAUAAUGUCUGAUAGCCGGUCUUUCUUACCGACUGUAGCGGUUGUUUUAUGUGCCAGUGGCUGUGCGGUGAGACGGACCGACGUGUCCGGCUGUGUGAGACCAACGGUCACCGUGACACUGCACAACCGCACGGGCAGCUGUCGGCCCACAACGGCCGAACCGUCCGGUAACUGUGUAACGAGGGCGUAGCAGCGGAAAUGUCCGCUACUCAUAGCGGCAUUUGAGGGGACAUUUUGUGGGGGAAACGGUGUUUGGAUAUAAAGACGCGGGUCCAUCUCGGUGCCCGUAUGCCGCUACUUGUGCUCUAGCUAGCAGGACAUUUGCUGGGCUGUCGCCAGCUAACUUUAGCUGCUCUGAUAAGGGCCCCUUUCUGCCUCUUGAUACCUGCGUUUUCGGAUAAAAUCAAGGGCCAUGGAUUUCCCAGGCCACUUCGAGCAGAUCUUUCAACAGCUUAACUAUCAGCGUGUUCAUGGACAGCUGUGUGAUUGUGUCAUCGUGGUGGGCAGCCGACACUUUAAGGCCCACCGCUCAGUGCUGGCGGCCUGCAGCACCCAUUUCAGAGCCCUGUUCACUGUUGCAGAGGGAGAUGCCAGCAUGAACAUGAUCCAGCUGGACAGCGAGGUGGUGACAGCUGAAGCUUUCGCUGCUCUGGUGGACAUGAUGUACACGUCAACACUGAUGCUGGGGGAGAGCAAUGUCAUGGAUAUUCUUCUUGCAGCCUCACAUCUACACCUCAACAAUGUAGUCAAGGCCUGCAAACACUAUCUGACCACCCGCACGCUCCCUAUGUCCCCCUCCUCCGAUAGACCCACCCAUCACCACCCUCAACAAGAGCAGCAAAGGCACAGGCAGCAGCAAGUAGCAGAUUUAGCGGCGAAUCCGACUUUAGCAGCUAAUGCUAACCUUGCAGCAAAUGCUGCCACAUCAAAGUUGCAGCGCUCUUUCUUGCUGCAGCAGCUGGGGCUUAGCUUGGUGAGCUCUGCUUUGGGUGGGAUGGAGGAGGACGGAGUGGGAAAUGUGGUCGGCAGCAGAGUGGUCGAACAGAGAGCCUCCUUCCCAAUCCGACGUUUCCACAAACGAAAGCCCUCUCUGGCCCUGGGGCUUUCAGAGGAGCGGCCCAGACAGAGGCAGCGCCCCUCUGCCCCUAACCUGGGGCUGUUAGGAGAAGAAGGGGUAAAUGCAGAGCGAGAGGAGGGAGCACUUCUGUCCCCAGACUCCCACAAGAUGGGAGAUGAUUCCAAAUUAGACGCCGCAAUCACUGGGUUAGUAGCAGUGUCCCAAGAUGAUCCUCAGAUGCCCAGUCAGUCAGACAGUGGACACUGUGAGGGGGAGAACUUGGGGAGAAUGCAGGGAGGGGUGAGCAAGGAAGAAGACAUGGAUGAGCAGGAUCGCCAGGGCAGCAGAGCAGGGGUGAAGAUAAAAUCAGGAACAGAGGAGGAGGAAGCCGAAGAGGAGGAACAAAAGGUGGUGGUUAAACGAGAGCCACUAAGUUCACCUGAGCCAGCGGAUGAAGUCAGUGACGUGACAUCUCAAGCAGAAGGCAGCGACCCAGCUGAGCCUGGUUGUCAGGAGGAGGAGGAGAAGGUGGAGCUGAGCCCAGAGAGCAGCGACCGCAGCUUCACCUCUGAACCCCAGCCUAGCUCGGACUCUCUGCUCCAGCCCAGCUCCCAACUUCUCCUCAAAAGCAGGGGAGGAAGCAGUGGAGUCGGAGGAGGCUUUGCGUGUAACAGUGCAAUGAGUGGCAAACCAGGUUUCAGUAUUUCCAGCUUCCUCAACCCAAAGGAUUUUGCAAGUGGCACAUCACGGCUGGUUGCAGGAGAGGAUGACCUUCCUAAUACAACAACUGGAGAUGCUGUAGCACAUCACUUUCUGCUGAGACAGGAAGCUGCUGGGCCAUCUGGCUCUGCUUCUUCUGCUCUUCUGCAGUCAAGUCCACUCAGUGGUGAGAGCAGAAACAGCUUUGGAGAUAACCUCCAGGCUGAUUCUCUGUUCCUUCACCCUCUGCAUGAUAGUUUGGGAAACCCCAGAGGAAGUGGGGGAAGUGCAAGUGGAGGACGUGGAGGAGUAGAUCCUUUUGGUUUGGACUUCCAGCGCUCUAGUCUGGGGCUUCACUCUCUGGGACGGCCUUCAGGAGCAGGAGGAGCAGCUACCACAGCUCUUGCUUAUCCAGGCUACAGGCGUAUUGCUCCAAAAAUGGUCACUGGCAUGGGAGGAGAAGAAGGAGUAGGUGGGGUUCUUCAGGAUGCAGCCUCUUCUUCCUCGAGUCUGACGAGUCCCCUGCUUCUCAACGAGAGUGGAGGAUACGAAAUGAACAGUGGCAGGCCCACCUCCCUCCCUCCACAGCUCACCCGAGCUUCAGCAGAUGUUCUUUCCAAGUGCAAAAAGGCUCUCUCAGAGCACAAUGUCCUGGUGGUUGAAGGAGCACGAAAAUACGCCUGCAAAAUCUGCUGCAAAACCUUCCUCACCCUGACUGACUGCAAGAAACACAUCCGUGUCCACACAGGAGAGAAGCCCUAUGCAUGUCUCAAGUGUGGGAAACGUUUCAGUCAGUCCUCACAUCUCUACAAGCAUUCCAAGACCACCUGUCUGCGCUGGCAGAACAGCAACAUGUCCAAUGCCCUACUGUAGGACAGAAGUGGCUGGUGUGUUGUGAUGAGAUGGAUACACUGGGAAUCAGUGAUGGGAUGAGGUUAAAACCUCCAAAAACACUGAAGAUUUUCUGAAGCUCUGACAGAACAGCCAGACCUGAUCAUCUGCUCUGUCCAAACCAACCAGUCCUGAUCUCAGACCAAAGAUAGGGAUGGUUAUUUAAUUUUCUAUUUCAGGACAAACAAUUACUAUCGCUAUUUGAAACACAUUUAGACUGUAGAAAGAUUAUAUGGGUGCAGGACAUGCAAAAAUGUAUUUCUGUGGAAAACCACGGAUAGUACAUCCUUUCUGUCUGUACUCUGUAUGAAUACCACAAGAGUAUUAUAAGGGUUUUUCAUUAUGCAGUCCAUGGAGUUCGCAUAAAAUGAUCCAGGCAAGUCCAUGACUUGUCUUUUAAAACUGCAAAACUGUUAACUAUAUUGUAUUUCGAAGGAAAAGAAGCAGUCAUGUGUGACCUCUCUUCAUUAAGUGAAAUUUUAUUCUAUUGAGGUGAUCCCUUAGUGCUGAUCUAUCGUUUGUGUGUGUAAGCUCAAAUUUGAGUCAAUCAUUUUAACACUCGGAGUGUUUGCAGAUCAGAGGCAGCUCUGCAGAAUCAGCACUAAGAACUGAUAUGUAAAAUCUUGUACUUAGAUAUUCCAUUGCACAUUUGUAAAACAUGUAGCAGCAUCCCACAUGAGUUAUCCCAACUGUGCAUAUUGACUGUGCCUUGUUUUGUGCAAGGGUCAUCAUGUAGACUGUGGAUAUCUAAUUCGUAGUUUGGGUGCCAGAUAUCUUUUAUAAAAGUACGAUAAACUGAUGAUUGUCAUGAUACUUAGAGAUACUGCACAAAAAGGAGGGAUAAAGUCAGAGUCCAGUCUGUAGCUUUUUGGAAGUUUAAUCAGAAGAUGACAGAGAAUCUAGUGUUGCAUUAGCAUUUUCAUUCUGCUUUAUGCAAUGAAAAUGUCAUGAACUGAGUAAGUUUGAUGAUCUUUUCUCUUUUGUUUACUGAAGUAAUGACAUUUGAGGUAGUUGGCAUUCUUUACCAGGAAAUGAGCAACCAAAAACAAAAACUUUCUCCAUUCCUCAAUAGCUGAUAAUGGAUUUUCAUGCAUAUAAACAUGCUCAAAUUGAUGUGGGAUAUUUGUAGUUGCCUUUCAGUCCAAGCACCUUUGAAUAGCCAUCAAUGAUAACACUUCUGCACUCAGUUAAUGUUUAAAAUAUUUCUGAUAGGUGGCAAAUAAUUCAGUUUGUACUGAUGGGGCUUUCACAUUUGUUAUGACAAUAAGAAUAACUGUCUCGCUAUGAUACUGUUACAUUUGUUGUUUGUCAUGUACAAGUUUUGGGCAAAGGGGAAACUGAAUUACUCCUACCUUGUUCUAAUUUAUGACUUAGCUGUUUACCUUAGAAUUAAGUUGCAUUGUUAAAGGAAGCAAAAAAGGUUGCACCAAAAAUUCUGCAUUUACUGGGCCUUGUGUUCUAUUUUUGAGAAAACUAAUAUUGCAUUAAAGUGCCAUUUUAAUUACAGCUUGACAGGAAAGUAUGCUAUACGUAAAACUUGUCUUUUGUUGCGAUUUGCAAAACAGUUGUGAUUUCAAUUUUAAACGAUCUGGCACAAUACAACUUUCCCUACUUAUUGGUUACUGACUUUAACUGUUUUAAAAAGUUCGACUGUGGCCAACAAGUUUACUGACCGUCCACGCAUUGCAAAGUUUCUCUGGCAGCUGGUGUUCCUGUGUGUUUAUUAAAAGGACAGUGAAGUUGUGCUGAGGGGCAGGAGUUCAGCAUGUGUUGAAAAAUGCUUUAGAAAUGUAAAUAUUGCACAUUCAUGGUCAGUUUCAUAAUUUCUCUCGUGAAAAGAGGCAAAAAAAAACUCAUUAAGAAGUAAAAGUUGUGUAAAGGUUUGCUACUGUACUUGAUAUGAGUGCUUUAUACAUGUCUCUUUCUAUAUAUAAUGUUGCAUCUGUUAUAAAAGCACUUAGACAAAUCAGUCUUUUUUAUAAAUAAUAUGUUUACUGGAAUGUUGUACUAUGUAAAAACAUUGUUGUGCUGCGUUUAUCCUGCGAGCUCGAGGUUUCUUCCUUCUGACGUUACCGUUGUUUUCAGUAUGAAAGCCAAGAGUUUAACAUUUUUGCUCUUCAGCAACUAGUCGAUCAUGCAGGAUAUCCACUUGACUAAAAAUGUAUCGACUAUUUCACAGAAGGAUAAUAGCAGAACAAAGGUCUUUGUGGGACAUUUUGUCUUUUUUCCUUGUUAAUUUCAGGAGUGUUAGCUGUUUUUUUAAUCAAUGUAGCUGUAUUUUACCGUCUACGUGUAAGUUGGUAAGUGCUGUCGUAUACUGUAAGUUUGACAAACUGUGUUUCAGUUAACGAUUUGUGUAGGAUUCAAGAAUAACGUGCGAAGAAGAAAUCUAAAUUUGCAUCUCAUAGAAAAUACCAUUAAGGAUUUUUACAACCUGCCUGACUUAGUGCAGGUUGAAAAUAAGCAGCUUCAUGGGUUGGCACUUUGUUGACUAAAAACAGUGUUCAUGCAGUGUUGUAGGGUUCUGUUUUAGAGAACUGAGAUGACAAAAGUAACACCUUAAAAUACAUGUUUGCCUUUUUGUAUACUUUAUUGCUCAAUGUAUUGUGACAUCUGCGCUGUCAGUGAGACAUGGUCAUUGCUUUCAUUCCUAGUUGGCACCUUAUUGUACUGCUGAGUCAUUACACUGUUAGCCUGUACAAAAUAACACUUUUAUUUCACACAUGCGUUAAUCUUUACAUUUUAGUUCAGAAGAAAAAUUGCUUUGUUGGUUGUUCUCCUUGUAAACAUAAGCUAAACUACAGUUUGUUCUAGAAUUUGUGACAUUAUGGAAUCAAUAGUAAAGUCAUUAAAGUGUGGCUGCAGAUUUUAAAAUGAUGGUUAAAUCUCAAAUUUUCUUGCUCAUAUGCAGUGCCAACUCCAGUCAUGGAAAUGGUCUUUGAUACCGUUUUGAGAAACAGAGUUGUAGAGGUGAUAAAGCAAAAGAGAGAUGUCCACAAAAAUGGCAUCAAUGUCUCACACAAAGGCCUGUUAGGAAUUAUAAUGGUGCUGUCUGCUAAAACUUGUAUCAACAGUUUGUGUGAAUCCCUGAAAAAUGCACUGACCGUAUUUCGCCCUGUAUAAAUAUGCCAGAUUUUUAAAAAAAUAUGUAAAAGGCCUAAAGUUAUUAUCAGUCACUGCCUUAUGCCCUCUAGCUUGAAAAGCCGGGCUUUUGUUGAUAUGCCAAAACUGAAGGAUUUCUGUGUUUCUUCCUGUAUAACUCACGUAGUGUAACCAUGAGAUGACUAAGUGUUUGUCUCUUUACUGUUGAAGACUAUGAAGAUUGUAUAGUAUGUUCAGUUGUUGUAUACUGAAUAAAAACAAGAUGAAACUCA